AUGAGAUACCUGCCCAAAGUCGCGCUUGCGACAAUAGCCUCCUCCCUAUUCCUGCCACCAGCUUUCUCCCUCCCACAAGCUGGAUCAGUCCCCGACGCCGCCCCUCUCCCCUGGGUGACCAUCAACCCCCAAGGCGACGCCGAAACCAUCAUCCCCAAAGUCAUCACCACCGAAGGCCACCGCGCCACCCUCUCCAACCCGCCCGCCCACCUCAUCUCCACCGCAACCUACACCCUAUCCCCCGACGGCCGUCUCUCAACCUACACCGGCCUCGCCCCAGUAGCAACCGCCACAACCAACCCCGACAACAACAACAACAACAACAACAACAAUGACGACGACGACGACGAAUCCGCCGCCUUCCUCGCCUGCCAAUCCGACAAAGGCCACGACGAGCCCUUCUGCCUCCCCCGCCGCGGCUCCUCCCUCAUCGCCGGGCGCACAUAUUACAGUCUGUUCCCUCCUCUCCCCCCACCUCAGUUGGAUACCCAAACCCCUAACUCACCACAGUAA